AUGGAUAGAAAUUUUCGCGAUGAUCUACUACAAACCUACACCGACACCGAACUAACCCAACACAUCAUGUCCUCCCCUUCAGCCCCAUCCUCCUUCGACGUAUCCCUCCUAUCUUCAAAAUACAUCGCCAAAACAAGCAGCAUCAAAGAAGCAGAAGACGCAGUAAAAGCCAUGGAAGUUGUAAACCACCUUAGAAUCCGCAGCCCUCGCGUACAAAGAAUAGUCAUCAAUGGAUCAUCCGCACACUACAUCAUGAACCGCAUCGAGGGAACGACAUUAGACGCCCUCUGGAUACAGCUAAGCUGGUUCACGACAAUCAAGCUAGCUUUCCAGCUCCGUCAUUUCGUGCGGAUUCUCCGAUCAAUCACUUCUACAACCGCUGGAUCCCUCGCAACAGGCCAAUGCCGAUCCUUCUAUCUAGACGAUCGCUUCGGCGUCCCUGCACGAUCCACGCCGACGGAUCUGGCAGAGUUUUUCCGGUUCUGGGGAAACUUUAGGGGUAUGAAACAGGCGAUACAGAUUGCUAAGCAAGGCCAGAAGCUUAAUGGGACGGAAUAUAUCCCCCCAAUGAUGGGAGAAUUUGUAUUGACGCAUCAUGAUCUUGCGCCCCGGAACUUGCUCCUUUCUCCCGCGGGGGAGCUUUGGCUUUUAGACUGGGAGUUGGCUGGGUUUUAUCCGAUUUAUUUUGAGUACGCUGCCAUGUAUAAUUUUGAUAUGCAUUCGGAGUGGAGUACGCUGGAUCGAUUACGUUGGUAUUUGUUUACGUGGAUUGCGGUUGGGUCGUAUAAGCGGGAAGCUCGUGUGCUUGCGAAUAUUAGAUCAAAGUUCACUAGGUUUGCUGUUGGGAGGAGAUUUGAACUGCUAGAGAUUGGAGGGCCUUCUAGAGUUCCAGCAUCUUAG